CUGAAAGCACGCCCUUAUCAGCAAACGGAAGAGGACGACUGGAGUCAAGUCCAACAGUCAGUGAAGCUCAGGUGAAGCGUAGGAGAGUCGUAGAGGUGAAGGAUCGCUCACAGCCGAGGAGAAAACUCCACCGUGACACCCUGAACUUUCACGCUGGGAUUCUGCUUCUUGCUCAGACAUGGGAAGUGAACCGAUUACUGUUGAGUAUUUUCCAGCCAAAGAAUCUAUGUGGUGGGGAACUCUUGGGACCGUACGUCCGUAUACGCCCUUCGAUCCACAUCUGGAUGCACGUCAGAUUCACGACGCCCUGGAGAAGAAAAAUGCUGACGUGAUGACCCUGAUCAAGAUCCUUACUAACAGGACCAACGCACAAAGACAGAGCAUCGCUUUGGCCUACCAAGAAAAAACAAAAAAGGAUCUGAAUGCCGCUCUGAAGAAAGGCCUGUCAGGUCCUGUGCAGGAGCUUCUCCUGGCUCUCAUGAUGACUCCAGCUCACUUUGACUCUCACCGCCUUCGACAGUCUAUGGAGGGUGUCGGCACGGACGAGGAAGCUCUUCUGGAGGUCUUGUGCACGAGAUCGGCAGCUCAGCUCCGAGAUAUCACGAUAGCGUACCGUGAAAUGUACAACUGUUAUCUGGAGGAUGACCUGAUCAGUGAGACCAGUAAAGAAUUCACCAAAUUGGUGUUGGCCAUAUUGAAGAAGGAGGAACGGAACACGUCCGGCAAGAUUGAUUAUGAGCUCAUCGAUCAAGACGUCAAGGAACUCAGAGACGCUGUCACUGGAAAGAAAGCGAACCCUGGCCCCUGGAUUCAGGUGCUCACGUCACGCAGUUCUGACCAUCUCAAAAGAGUGCUGUCUAGACUCGAGGAUCUGAAAUGCGAGCCAGUGGAUAAAACCAUCCAGAGCCACUUCUCAGGAGACCUUCGACUGGGUCUGCGGAUUCUGGCUCAAACGAUCCAAAACAAGCCACUCUUCUUGGCUCAGCGCUUACACUCCUGCAUGAAGAAAAACGCCGUGGUUCGUGGCAUCAUGGUGGGUCAGAGUGAAGAGGACCUCCUGUGGGUGCGGGUGGAGUUCCUAAAACUGACCAAUCUCUCCCUCUACUCCACCAUCCAGAAGGAAUUCAAAGGUGAGCUGCAGCUGGCUCUUCUGGCUCUGUGUCGAUCUGAGGAUUGAUGGAGGAACGAGUGUGGAAGGAAGUGCACACAGAACGCGGCGUAUCGGUUUAUAUUGCGAAUAAAUCUGUACAGAAUUCAGUUUUCAUGCAUCAGUACACUUUCGUUACUUGGAGUUACACAGAUAUUUAACAUUAAUAGCAAAAAAAAUUGGUCAAUUGUAACAUCUUAUUAAAUUUAAUAUUAUUCCUAAUAAAAAUGUGUGUCAUUUGUGUUCAACAUCAACCUGUACCUGGAAGAGAACGAUUUGUGCUUUAUGGAUUUAUAUGAUUUUAUUUUUUUGUCUUAUUAAAUUCAAGAGACAGACCAAUAAAAACUAAUAAGGAAAUGA